UUAAAAUUUUAUUUAGAUCUUUAUUAAAAAAAAUUGUAACAAGACAAGAAUUCUACGAGACACAUAACAAAAUGACGGACGCCCACACUGCCCGGACGAUCGUCGGAAUCAUCGGAAACAUGAUAUCUUUCGGCUUGUUCUGCGCUCCAAUACCAACGAUGGUGAAGAUAUGGAAGAUGAAAUCGGUGUCGGAAUUCAAGCCAGAUCCAUACGUAGCUACGGUUUUGAACUGCAUGAUGUGGACUUUUUACGGACUUCCUUUUGUACAACCCGAUAGUCUCCUCGUCAUUACCAUUAAUGGAACUGGUCUUUUCAUGGAGCUCGUCUAUGUAACCAUCUUCUUCAUCUUCGCUACCUCGCCUAUCCGCAGAAAGAUCACAAUAGCUAUGAUGAUUGAGGUGAUAUUCAUGGCGGUGGUGAUCUUCUGCACAUUAUACUUUCUGCCUACAACAAAACAGAGAUCCAUGCUUAUUGGGAUCAUGUGCAUUGUUUUCAAUGUUAUCAUGUAUGCUUCUCCUUUAACCGUCAUGAAACUUGUGAUAAAGACAAAGAGUGUGAAGUACAUGCCGCUCUUUCUGUCAUUAGCCAGCUUCAUGAACGGAGUCGUUUGGGUCAUUUAUGCUUGUCUGAAAUUCGAUCCCUAUAUUUUGAAGAAAAGAGACCGACCAAGUGCUGUCAAGGAGUUUCCUCGAAUGCCGGUUCAGAAGUUUCCUGUUCCUGAGCUUAAGGAUGAUGGAACACUAAGGUUUCCGUGGGCAGCUAGAAUGGACCCUGCUACCAGGAAUCUUUAUCGAGCAGCUACGCCAACCUUUCGUUUGGAUGGUACUCCUCAGGUAACAAUACCCUCUCAGGUGCUUCGAUUAGGACCAGAAAAUAAAAAAGAGUAUAUCAUUGGCCACUUCCAUCGCUGUUCCCUACCUCCUGGAGGUUUAAUCCAUGCGGUAGUAAAUAGAUUGUGGGGAAGAACCUGUAAAAUAGGUUGCCGUAAGCUAAGCGAGUCCUCUUACAUGUUCCACAUACCUCAUGAUUCAACUCGUCAGUGGGUAAUUCAAAGAGGCGUAUGGCAUGUUGAUGACUGCUUAUUAUUUGUUUCGCCUUGGAAACCAGUUAGCUCGUUCAAUGUCCCUGAUGUUUCAACAAUUCCGGUGUGGGUUAACCUUAAAAAUGUUCCCGAUAGUUGCUAUUCAAGAUUGGGUCUCAGCCACAUAGCAUCAGGACUUGGUGAGCCUAUGCAAACGCAUAAACCUCGACUUGAUCCGAGUUGUUUAGGAGAAGCAAAGUUGUUGGUUGAAGUAGAACUUGAUAAACCUUUUCCAAAGCAAAUUGCCUUAGAUGAUAAACAAGGUAAUAUUUUUUUGGUGGAUGUUGAGUAUACAUGGAUUCCAAGUGUUUGUGGCAGAUGUGGACAUUUGGGACACAAGGAGAAAAGAUGUUUACUUCCAGCGGUUCAACUGAGUGUGGGAACAAAGAACUCACUUGAAGAUUUACCUGCUGAAGAACCUCAGGCUGAAAUGGAAAGGGUACUAGAUCAGCCUACUGUUGCAUUAAAUCAAUUGGUGUUACCAGCUGAAAAUGUGGAGUCGAGUUUGAUCUCAACUGAAGAAACACAAGAAGAACUUAUAGAGCAGACUUUGGAAUCUACUCCAGAAAGUGGUAUUAAACAUGUGCAGUCACAACCGAGCAUUGAGCCUAAGGAUUCCUCUACUCCAGUAAACAACAUCACUUACUCUAAGGUACACAUAGCCAAUGGCUCCAAAUCUACAUUCACUUCAUCAUCAUUAGCAGACACACAAUCUGCUCCAACUAAUGAAAUUAUUAUGGAAGAAAUUCCAUCCCCUGUUAUUGUUCUUGAAUCCAACUUGGUUUCAGUGGACAAUUCAUUUGUCCUUCCUUACUCUCCUGUACAUGGCAGUCCUCUUAUCACUCAAUAUGCUUGUAAUGAGCAAGAUGAUGAAAGAGGAUAUAUGAGUGAUGUUACGGCAAAUCUCAACAUGUCACGAGGUGGAAGGCCAAUAAAACCACUUCAAAAGUUUCAAGAUAUGGAAUGGAAAACAGUAAGAGGAAGAGGUAAGAGGGGUCGUCGAGGCCGUGGGAACUAUCUUCCAUCUUCUUAGUUGUUUCAUCCUUUUCUUGUAUCAUUAAGCUUAUGAACCAUAAGCUUCUCCUUUGUAAGCCAAUGCUUGGUUGAAUAUGAGAAUUGUUCUCAUCACGCUUUCUCAAACUUUAUGGUUGUUUCAACCAUACAUUGUAUGUUUUCUUUAGUAUUUUAAUAUG